ACUGGCUAUAACUUACCUUUCCAACUCUGUUAGGUGGUAGAUGGCUUCUUUGUGAAGAGGGUCCAGGACGUGAAGGAGUCUGUAGCCUACCUCACUGUCAUGACCCGAUACCUCUCCAAGCUUUACCAGAACCGUACCUUGGUCUGUCGCUCCAGGGAGCUAGAGGGGGAUGGACAGAACGAGGAAGAGUGUGGAGGGAGGGAGAGAGAGGACCCCUCCUGUUCUCUCAUCUCCUUCGCAGAGUUCAACCAAGGAGCUGUCAAGAACAAGUGUCAGACAGUGAGAGAGGUGUUUGCCAGACAGCUGAUGCAGAUCUCUGGACUCUCUGGUGAUAAGGCUGUUGCUAUACUAGAGCACUACAGUACUUUACACAGUCUGUUGAAAGCAUAUGAGCAGUGCCCCAGCGACACAGAAAGAGAGAAACUACUCUCCUCCAUCCGAUAUGGAAAACUGAAAAGGAACUUGGGUCCAGCUUUGAGUCGCACAGUUUACCAGCUCUACUGUACGAAAGGAGCACUGUCAUAGACACACACACUCUCGCUCACACUCACACACCACAACACACACAUACACACACACACCACAACACACUCUCGCUCACACACAUCACAACACACA